UGACUUUCAGGCUGUUCUUGGUUUGAGGGAGUUCCACCAAGGAUCCAGCCUGCCUGCCUGUCUGUCUGGCUUCUUCUUUCCUCCUUUCUCACUACCUGUCUCCCUCUGGCUCCCUGGCUCCCUCUAAGACUCCUCCCAUCUCCUCCUGAAUAAGGCAGUUAUUUCAAUUUUAGUAAGUGAAAUAUAAAACAGAGAAGCACCAUUUCUGCCUCAAGACGCAUGUAAAGAGGUGUAGAUUCGGAUGCUCUAAACGUCCCUGCCAUCUGGUCCAGAUGGAGUCCUCAGGCAACCCAGAGAGCACCACCUUUUUUGACUAUGACCUUCAGAGCCAGCUGUGUGAGAAUGAGACCUGGGUCUUUGCUACAUUUGUCACCACCAUCCUGUACUGCCUGGUGUUCCUCCUCAGCCUAGUGGGCAACAGCUUGGUGCUGUGUGUCCUGGUGAAGUAUGAGAGCCUGGAGUCCCUCACCAACAUCUUCAUCCUCAACCUGUGUCUCUCAGACCUGGUGUUCGCCUGCUUGUUGCCUGUGUGGAUCUCCCCGUACUACUGGGGCUGGGUGCUGGGAGAUUUCCUCUGCAAGCUCCUCAAUAUGAUCUUCUCCAUCAGCCUCUACAGCAGCAUCUUCUUCCUGACCAUCAUGACCAUCCACCGUUACCUGUCUGUGGUGAGCCCCCUCUCCACCCUGCGUGCCCCCUCCCUCCGCUGCCGGGUGCUGGUGACCACAGCUGUGUGGGUAGCCAGUAUCCUGUCCUCCAUCCUCGACGCCAUCUUCCACAAGGUGCUUCCUUGGGGCUGUGAUUAUGCCGAACUCAGGUGGUACCUCACCUCGGUCUACCAGCACAACCUCUUCUUCCUGCUGUCACUGGGGAUUAUCCUGUUCUGCUACGUGGAGAUCCUCAGGACCCUAUUCCGCUCGCGCUCUAAGCGGCGCCACCGCACGGUCAAGCUCAUCUUCACCAUCGUGGUGGCCUACUUCCUCAGCUGGGGUCCUUACAACCUCACCCUGUUUCUGCAGACACUGCUUAAGACCAAUGUCAUCCAGAGCUGUGAGGCCAUCCAGCAGCUGGAAUACGCCCUGCUCGUCUGCCGCAAUCUCGCCUUCUCCCACUGCUGCUUCAACCCGGUGCUCUACGUCUUCGUGGGGGUCAAGUUCCGCACGCACCUGAAACACGUCCUCAGGCAGUUCUGGUUCUGCCGGCUGCAGGCGCCCAGCCAACCCCUGGUGCUCCAGUCCCCUGGCGGGUCCGCCAAGGAGGGCGCCUCCUUCUACUGAGGAUCCUGUGGCGGCGCAGGCGCAGGUGGACGCGGGACUGGAAUGGGGGUCACAGAGAAACGCGCCUGGAAGGAGCACUGCAGAGCACGCGACAGUGGGGACGCCGCCUGCCGCCACUGGCUUGCGGUGAAGGUGAUUCAUGACACCAGUGGGCCCCGCCAGCCUCUCGUCUGCGGGAAAGUGGCUUCCUACCUGGGAAUUUUAUACUGCCACCCGACAAACAUUUCUUGAACUCUGAGUUCAUCAUGCAUGCUUCUUCAUCCGAACAUGUGUUUCUAAUCAGUGCUUGGUUCAGAAGCCUCUAAAACAUGAAAGGAUUCUAAAAAGGCGUUUCCUUGGAGACUUUACAGGGCCUAAAGCUCAAUGUGUGAUAACUGCAGGAUGCUGACCAGGACAGUGUCUCCCUUUCCUGACUGUAGGGUUGUCCCAACUGGUUUAUUCACUUUGGAGGCCCCGGCUCCAUAUUCCUCAGAUACUGCUGGAUGAGGCUGCCUGCAAGACAAGAGUCCCCAUUCCCUGAGAUAAGCACAGUCACGUUGAAAUGUGGAUUCUAAAAUUCCACAACUAGACUGGAGAAAUGUUCUGCGUCCUGGAUCCAAGUCCUAGCCCAUGAACUGGCCCUUAGAAAUUUAGCUUAUAAAUAUUUGAUUGAAGGAAUGAAUGUAAUAAGUGCUACCUUCUGCACUGUAUUCAGAGAAUACAAAGAUGAAUGAGAUACAGUUGCUACCCUGCAGGGGCCAACAGCCCAGCCCCAAAGUCUCACCCAGCUUGGUGAACGCCCACCUUGGCAAAGGCAUCUAGGGUGGACUCCUCCAACAGCUCACCCUUCCCGGGUGGGUAGUGAGCUGACUUCAGAUUCGUCCCUUUGCACCUAAAGUGUCCUCCUCCUAUUUGGUUGAUAGUGCCAGCUUCCCCACACCCGCCCACACUCCAAACCUCAAGUCCUGUUGGAGGCCUGUAUUUUCUUUCCCUAAAUUUCCACAGCCAGGUCCAAAUGACUGCGCCUGUCUAGUGGCUUUCCGAGUUGAUUUAUUCUUGCCAUUGCACGCACACGGUUUCAUCUCUGAAACAGGGCCUCACUUCCUUGGUGUCUCCCCACUGCUCCUCCCUUUCCCCACCAGGCCGUCCUCUGCCCUGACACCAGGUGCUUUGAAAUCCUUAGUGGCUCCUCAUUACUUACAAAUAAAGUCCAAACACCUUAGCAAGGCUUUCAAGGCCUCCACAAUCCGAUGCUAGCCAACUUUUCCAUUCUUAUUCCACUCUAAGCUUCCUCCCCCCAGCAGCUUGGUAUCCAACCCCAAAACACCACUGGCCUUAUCCCAGACACUCAUCUCUCCAAUAUCCUACCUCUAGGCAUCUGUCGUGCUGUCGCCUGGGCCCGGAACAUGUCCUAGCUGACAGGCCAGCUUCCCCAGGAAGCCCUCCCCAGUCUGCAAAUUAGGAGAACACUCUCUGGGUUCUUGUGGAAUUCCGCUUGUCCUCUCUAAAAUGGUACCUGCCAUUCUCCACCUUGCGUUGUAGUUACACACAUGCAACGUCUUCCCUCCCUGCCCCGUCAGGCUGCAAGCUGCCUGAAGGCAGGAACCUGGUCUUGAACCAAGUGUUCUAUCACCGUGUGCUCAGUGGGAGCAAAAAAUCCACAGCUAUUAUUAUCCUUCAGAUUUAUGCUUCUUGGGUUAGCAAUGCCCUGCGGCACACUUUCCCUUCUUUGUCCCAGGCUGCUUCUCUGUAAAUAUUAACCUUUCUUUCCUAGUCUACACUCUCAGAGAGUAGUAGAAAGAGAGUAGAGAGUGGCAGUAGAGAGAUUGCUUAUCUCUCUUUCUCUCUGUGGCAAUGGCUAUGCUUGAUCUUGCCUUCUAGUUCAUGGUACAUAUGCCUGCCUCUCACACUGGCCCGUUGCUUCACACAGGGGCAUAAAUAAAAGCCACUCUCAACUUUGCCAUCCACAAAGACCUGGGCCCAAUCUGUGAACCUGAUUUGGCUCUCGAGUGGGGAUUUGAAAAAGCUUCCCGUGUAAUUCUGACAUGCACCUCCAUUAGGUACAUUUGGCUGCAGCAUUUUUUAAAAAUGAGGAGUCUAGAGUCUUCUACAGUCCCUUGAGCAGGGAUUUGCACACAGAAGACACUCAAUACAUUGUUAUUGAAUAAAGUAGAUGCCAAUAUAGCCCUUAGUAGCCCUAUGGCCAACCUGGAGAUAACUUGUAAGGCACUACCCCUUCAGUUCCAGAUGCAGCUUCAGUGACCUAUUUGUCAGUGGUGGGGGAGGGGGCUGGUAUUUCUGGAGGAGUUUGAUCAGUCUAGGGAAGAGCCAGGGCCUAAUUUUCAUGAGGCCAGUGGCACCUGCUGGAGAAGGCUGGGUGACACACCAAUGAAGGAAAGGGGCUUCCAUGGGCCUGCCAGCCUAGAGGUGGGGCCACUACUUAAUCACUGAUGGAAGAAACAGCAUGAGGAAGAGAUAAUGAGGUAGUUUGUGGAAUCUGAGCUAAGCUGAUGGGCUUCUCAUUGGCCUAAUCUUUCAAACACACUUCACACCGAUUCUUAACAUUUUGUUCAGCUUUUAUUCACAGGGCAGGCUGAGCCAGGGAGCAGAAAGGCAAAGGACUCCUACUCACCCACUUGGCAAAACCAAAGCACCUUGGGCUUUGAACCCACCCUUCUUAGAAGGCAGCUUUGGGGGCUAAUGCCCCUUGAGAGGCUCACUUCACCCUCUCCCCAUGCCAUCCCAUUUCUACCCAUCCCAAGAUGCUUAUCUGAGUAUUUCUUUCAGUACGUCCAGCCAUCUUCCUGGGAGCAUUUUAAAUCUGAGUCUUUACACUUCUGGUGAUGUUUUGGCAUCCCUAAUAGGGCAGUCUUUAAUCAGGAGUCUAGAAUCCAAGAAGCCAAGGGCAGAGGCACAAAGAGCAGCAUGAAUGGGAAGAUAGAAGGGCAACCCAGUCAGAAAGGGGCGGAUGAUACUGUUGAGAAGGAGCCGGCAGAGAGCCGCACACACUGUCUUUCCCUGACCACAACCUCCAUUGGCCACCUCCUGUGCUUCCCCUCCCUCCACCCAUGGAAACUACUGCUCAAUCUCAGCUGGCCUCUUGCAGGCCUAUCUCUCCCUCCAAACAAAGGUGUCCUGGACACAGGGCUGCAGACCUCUAACCACUCCUGGAACACACACACACACAAAAACCCACAAUGGUUCUAUGGCAUUUAUACCUCCACAUUCCUUCAGACAGAAUCCAGAAGAGAGGAACCUUGCUAUCUCUGAAGGAGAGCAUGUCUCCAAGCUCAGGGCAGCCUCAGACCUCCAAUGGCCUCAAGUGGAGUGGAAAUCCCUCAAGGGCACAAACCCAGUCCCUACCACUUCACUCGGUAUCUGGCAAUGUUUGUGGUUGGUUGAGUGAGUGAACAGGAGACCAUCUUUUGGCUUUUUUCUACUUCCGUUUCCUGUUACCAUACUUGCCUACAUUGCAUCUUCUGGUCAACACCAGGUACUCUCCCCAUGAGCUUCCUGUGAACCUGUCUAGGGUCCACCAGCCCAAACAUCAUUUGUUUCAUUUGGAAUUAAGCUUUGUUAAACUUUUCACAGCUUUCAUUUCAUUCUUGAACUUUUACAGUGCAACCGCCUGUGACGGGACAAAGAAGUCCACAAACAUGGAAACCUGGUCUAAAGAUGUCCAGAGUUAACUGUCUGUGGAGUCAAAUUGCAUUUGAGCCCUAGACCUAAACUCCAAAUCCAAGCUCUUUCCCACUGUGACCUUGGGCCUCUCAAGGCUCGUUUUCCUCAUCUAUAAAGUGUAGAGAAGCCAGUAACAGACUCACCCACACUAUGAGGGUGUGCAUGAGGUCAUGUAUGUAAAAGUGCUUACUCUGUAGAUCAUUGUCCCAGAUAAGUAUGAAUUAAUAUGCAUCAUUUCAUUAAAAAAGAAAGUUUCAUUGUAUUAUAUGCACAAAUAAAA